AUGCAAACUCUCCUUUCAAGAGCGCACGUGUGGCCUGGCGGUAUCCCGCCUGCUGUCCGUCUACACCCCGAUAGCGAGCUGGAUGAGGUUGAUGUGCCAGAAGAGAUCAAAGGCCGGUGCCUGUUCUCAAAAGAAGCCUGGACUCCUUCUUCUGACCCCGAGGCGGAUAGGAUCCAACGGCGGACUCUGGUGGAGAAAUGGGCGCGUGCGGAUCAAAGCUUUCUCAUAACAUUCGUGUGCACCACUUCCGGACAUCACCGAUUUACAUGGCGCAUGGGCGUCGAAAGGGUUUGCCUGGUGGACAAGCCCUAUGAUCCGGAGAACUAUUCCCGUAUCACCAAGCUCUUGAUGCUUCUGUAUAUUCACCUGCAGAACACAGUCAGUCAUCCGCUGAGCUACAACCCCGAAAGCUUCGCUCUGAACGGGCAAGUUGCCUGCCAGACACGUAUAGUCCCGUUCCACUUGGGUCCCCUGACAUCGCUCCGCUAUGCAUUGGGCCAUUCAUGGAGCAAGCUUAUGGACGAGAGACCUGAGGCGGAUCUAUAUGUCAAUAAGCCCAUCGACCUGCAUCCGCCGCUCCUGGAGAUCAUGGCGGCGCUCGGCCAGCGCGGAGACCUGCAAUCAUUCAGUGACUACGCCCCAGCCGAGUGGGCCGAGGAGUUUGAGCGAUUCGCCCCGGGGUAUUUGCAGUGUGAGCAGCAGGGUCGGGUCGACCAGUACGGCUGGGAUCAUCUGGUCGAUGUGUCCAAAGACCCAUUCAUUACCUACAAUCAUCUUCGCAAUGCCCGACGGCUUGCUGCACUUCAGGGGCGAAGUUCUGCCUAA